GGGUCAUCUGAUAAUAAAGAGAAAACUGAGGUUCCUCUUUCUCAUCCGCCUCUCGCUAUCAUCCCCGUGCGUGCAUCUUUGAUUCAUAUCGAGAUGACUUACAUAUAUGUCAAUAUAUUCUAAGCUCUUUUUAUCAUCAUCUUCUUCUUUAAAGGACUAAAUUGGUUAAUUUUUAGUGGAGGAUGACUGCGUAUGUCGGGAAUUGUAGCAUUCUUGCUUAAUUGCUUUGCUGGAGAUAGUUGUGUGAGUUUGGGUUGUAAUUGUGCACCCUAGGUGAGUUGGUAGUGGACUUUGAUUUACGUGUUGAGGGAGAUAGAAGAUGUAUGGAAGGUCGGGUCUUGAUCGUUUUAAAAAGGCGCAGACUUUAGAACCAUUUUCGGUUGCUACGGGUUCGACUGCCAAGACGACCGUACAAUCUGCCUCUAAUGCUGUUUCGCAACCUUUGGUUUCAUUUCCUCGGUCGCAGAUAUCGAACCAGCCAGCCCAAUACAAGAACGAACAUCAGGUUUCUAGGGUACCUGUGGUGUCUGAUGUAUCUACUACACUUUCACUAGCUCAGAAUGCUACCCAGAUUGGAGGAGGACAGUCCACUUGGCAGCCUCCUGACUGGGCAAUUGAGCCCCGUCCAGGAGUUCAUUAUCUUGAUGUUUUGAAGGACGGCGAGGUUCUUGAUCGGAUUAAUCUAGACAAGCGAAAGCACAUUUUUGGGAGGCAGUUCCAAACUUGUGAUUAUGUGCUUGAUCAUCAAUCUGUCUCACGCCAGCAUGCAGCUGUAGUUCCUCACAAGAACGGAAGUGUUUAUGUAAUUGAUUUAGGAUCUGCCCAUGGUACAUUUGUUGCAAAUGAGAGACUAACAAAAGACUCUCCGGUUGAACUUGAGGCUGGGCAGUCGUUGCGUUUUGCUGCUUCAACAAGAGUCUAUAUUCUAAGAAAGAAUGAAGCAGCCCUGUUCCCUGCACCUCCACAAUUAAAAGACAUAAGUAUUCUUCCACCUCCGGACCCAUCUGAUGAAGAAGCUGUUUUGCUUUAUAACACUUUUGUAAACCGUUAUGGUCUGACAGACUCUGGGUUAGAAUCUGAAUCCAAGCAAUUAGGAAACUCUUCAAGUAAAAGGCAAGGAACCCAGCAGAAUGAGGAGAGGGCUGCCAAAAGAUUAAGGAAAAUAAAGGUGGCAUUCAAGGAUCAGGUUGGAGGAGAGCUGGUUGAGAUUGUUGGGGUGUCUGAUGGUGCAGAUGUAGAAACUGAACCUGGUCCAUUAGGAGUGAAAGAAGGAAGUCUGGUUGGGAAAUAUGAAUCCCUUGUUCAAACCACGGUUAUACCGAAAGGGAAGGAAGCAACUUCUGUGAAGGAAGUUAACCCAUCCCAAAAAGGUGUCACAGAUAAAUUGAAAGAAGUUUUAAACAAAGUUAAAAAUCCAUCAAAAGGUGGAAUUUACGACGACUUAUAUGGUGAGGCAUUACCAGACAAAGUUGGUUCAUCUUGGGCAUAUCCAUCUGCUAGUGCUAGUGGUAGGCACCCUUCUCCAACUAAAAAUUCAGAAACAAAGUCUCUUGGUUCCCUGACUAAAAAAACUGAAAGUAACUCAUUGUAUGAUGACGAUGAAAAUGAUGAAGAUUUAUUUGGGUAGCUGAGAUGACAGAGAGCUUUCAGAUGGUUAGUUUCCCAUUUGCUUGUGUAUUUAGACGAAUUGAAAGUGGAAGAGUAUACUUUCAGAUGACAGAGAGCUUUCAGAUGGUUAGUUUCUCAUUUGCUUGUGAAUUUAGACGAAUUGAAAGUGGAAGAGUAUAUUUUGUAGACAAUAGCAGGUGUGGUUUCCUGUUAUAAUUGAUACAAAAUUCAUUCCCCAUUUUACUUUGGGUUUAGAAUUUGUCACCUGAAAAGAACUACAAAUAUAUCUCGUACUUGGUGAGCUUUUCUUUUUUCUUUUAAUUUUUGAAUGCCAGAUGCUGCUCUCAUUUCUAUCUGA